AAGGUGUGAAUAGGUCUUAUGGACGGUCCACCUGGCGUGGAAGUGGAGUCAGUACCAGUGGCAACGGGAGCACCUGUGCCAACCCCCAUACCCGCUUCAUCCUUAGUCCCGGCUGUAGAUACUACCACAUCCGAAGAACCGAAACACGAUGCAACACAGCCUAUUGCAGACCCUCUCGCUGAUUCUGGAGACGAGGAUGAUGAUGACGAUGUAGAAGUGACAAUUGGUGUCAUACCACCGGUCAAUGUGCAGUACAGCUUGAAAGGUUCACUCGAUGCUAAUGGCGACGCUAUCCCAGCAGGAAAGCUUGAUAUCGAUGCAGUACCAACUAUCAAUGACAAGCCUAUAUACGACAUCGAUUUGGCUCAAAUGGAAGAUCGGCCGUGGAGGAAACCUGGCGCAGACAUCACCGAUUAUUUCAAUUAUGGCUUUACAGAGGACACAUGGAAUACGUAUUGUGAGCGUCAGAAGAAGCUGAGGCAAGAGUACAGUAAUCAAGCAGCGGUGAACAAAGCACUGUUCUCUUCCAUAAACUUAUCAAACCCUCUCGGGAUGCCACCUACAACUGGAGGACGACAAUUGGUUCCGCUCACGGAGGGAACGGUCAAAGUACUCACCGAUAAUGGAGGCAUAUUCAAACCACACUAUCACAAGCUCGCGACUGACAAUUCUGAGCCAAUCAUGAGAACAGUCAUAGGAGCGCCACCACCAACGUCUGCUCCACCUCCACCCGGCGUGACGCCAACUAAUGCCACAGCGCCCAUUGUCGACUUCAGCAAACCGCCUCCGAAUUUGCCCCCACCUGCUGCAGCUACCCCUGCACCGGCUACCUUACCACCAGUACAUAUAAUGGAUGGUCCACCUGGAGUAGAUAUUAUCGCACCACCAGGAGUGGAUGGACCGCCUGGAGUAGAUAUGGAACCGCAAACGAUCCCAACGCUUGGUUCAGGAAGUGGUCUUGAUAUGUCUGUGCCUCCCCCAGGUUUCAACCCUUCCUUGCCUCCACCUGGCAUGAGACCUCCGCAAAUGGGUAUACCCAUGACAAACAUGCCUCCGCCUGGCUUCAACACUAUGUUACCACCACCAGGAUUUGGUCAAGGCCGCUUCCCUCCUGGAGGACCCGGAGGCAUGAACAGACCACCUCCUUUGAUGGGACGCGAUUUUGACUCUAUGGGCCGACGAGAAUCAGGAGAUUUUGAUGAUCUUGAUGAUGACAGAAGACGCCAUAAGCGACGAAGCCGAUCAAGAAGCCCGAGACGUGACUCCAGCUUCAGACGUGUUCGUGACAGCGGACGAGAUCGCGAACGCGAUGAUCGUCGAGAUCGAGACAAGGAUCGUGAUAAAGAACGUGACAAAGAUCGCGACAAGGAAAGGGAUCGUGAGAAAGACAGGGAGCGCGAGCGUGGAACGGAGCGAUCGGAGCGCAGCAGACGGCAUAGAUCGCGAAGUGGAAGCCCUGAUACUCGGAAGAGGCGUGAAGAGCGCGAUAAAGAUAAGAAACGAGAACGACGUGAGGACGACUCUGAAAAGAAGAAGAGACGACAUGACAAAGAUGACGAUGAACGUCGCGAAAGACGUGAUGAACGGCGAGAGAAAAGAUCUAGACGUGAAGAACGUGAAAUAAAAGAGGAACGUGAGGACCGCGACAGGGACAAGGACCGAGAAAAAGAUAGGGAUAGAGAUAGAGAGCGGGAAGAUCGUGAUAAGGAACGCCCAGUGGAAAUCAAGCAAGAAGUGAUGGAAACAAGUGGCAGCGGGGAACCACCCCCACCUGGCGUAGAUAUGCCACCUAAUGCUUAGAUCGAUGGUCCCACGGAAAUAUACAGUGUUUGCUUCGAUGAAGCACUGGCUUGAAUUUUUCAGUGCCGUGUCAUAACCUCAGUAUCACUGAUCUUCCUGUAACUAAGUGUUAUACGCAACUUGAUUGAUUCAUUGAAUUUUGUGUAAUGAGGUUGCGUGAUGGAAUACUGGUCCAUGUUUAUACUUUCAUUUAUAAGAACUUCUAUCCAAGGAGUGAUAUCCGUUCUUAACUGACUCGAUGGUCAGAUAAGCUUUGAAAAGCAUUUUUCUGAUUUUUGCACUAUUUGUACUGGCUUGUGUAAUAGAAAAGAGAUUAGCCAUCAGCUGUUGUUGUUGUUGUAAUUGAAAACCUAAUUUCUCUUAACUGCAGUUAGAAGGCAUAUCAUGGAAAAAAAUGAAAUAAAUGUGCUAUCACUCA